CCAUCCACCAAACAACGACAUUCGAGAAGCGCAGCGUCCAUCAACGCGACAACUUAUCGCAGCGCAGCACAAUACUACCAUCUAGGCUAUCAAAUAUUAUAUAAGCCACCCAAAGCAGAUAUAUAUCCUACAAAAAUCGGACCGAAUAAUGGAGAACGGUGGCCAGAACGAGGGCAAGGACCCCUCCAGCUUUCUCAGCGAAAUCAUCGGCAAUGCUGUCAUUGUCAAGCUCAACUCGGGUGUGGUCUAUAAGGGCGAACUUCAGUCGGUCGACGGCUACAUGAACAUUGCCCUCGAGAAAACACAGGAAUUUGUCAAUGGCACAAAGCGCAGGGAAUAUGGGGAUACAUUUGUCCGUGGAAAUAAUGUGAUGUACAUUUCAGCAGAUUCAUGAUACCUUUUAGUUUAGCGAGACGAAUACAUGACAAUGAUCAGAAAUAACCAAAGUGCCUGCAAUUUAUAAUUCCAAGUUUCUAUUAAGUAAAAAGAUGGUAUUGUCCUUUUUGUAUAUCUAUAUUUCCUGACUAACAAAGUAUACAUACUACCCUGAUAUCCACUCCAUCACCGACGAUGAAUGGCAAAAGCUGCUUGGCCGCUGGCGCCAAUGAAGCAACAUACCUUUUUUUAAAAUUAAUCAAUGUAGCCCCAAGUAUUCGAAUGUCAAGAUAUCAAGUAUAAAAUAGGGAUCGCAGGUGUCAGGCAGCUCAGAUUACUAUGGAAGCGUUAUGCCCAGCUUGGGAGCCUGGUUGAGCACGCACUUUGUUGAUAAGAGACAUUCGUAGUUGAGACAGAGGUGCAGCCCUCAUCUGGCGGAAUACAGAAUGGUUGGAAUUUCAAAGUUCUCUAGGCUUCAUUGUUCAAAAGAUAUUCUCGAGAAUCGCUAGGUAUUUCUGGCAUCUCACGG